AUGACCUCGUUCUUCCAGCCUGGGUCCAACGACCCGGCCAUUGAGGAAUGCGGCAACUCAACCUUUGCCGUGUAUUGCAACUCUGCCAUUCCCUCCGAACAGCUCUUUCGGGAAUGGUAUCAACAAGUGACCGUUGCCGUCGGCGCUUCAUCUCUCAUUGUUCCCAUUGUGCUUUUUAUCGUGUUGCUUUCGAGGCAAUCAUGGUUCUCCAACACUUUCAAGCGCCUAAUAGAGCGCUUACGGAGGAAAAAUUCUGGAUACCAGAAUAUCCCGCCAGCGCCCAACCUGGUGACGUUUGAGUCGACAAGGUCGUUCAAGGUCUACUCUAUGCUAGAAACGCGCGAGAGCGUUGAUGUUGACAGAAACUAUGACCUGGCCAUCUUUCCGCUCACCAUUGGUGAACUGAGCGGCGAUGAAGGAUGGGACGGAUCGAGCAUGACGGGCACGGCGUGUCAUGAAGUCACCAACCUGGCCUAUGUCAACCUCCAGGACAUGGACCCAGCCGCGCUCCAGCCGCUGGAUAUUGCUUCGACAACGGAAUACCUGGUCCGCAGUUGCGUUCGCAAUAACCUGGCCGGCUUAGCUCUUCGACCUUCAUCAACAAUACCAACCCGACAAGUGGAGCAAUUGAUUCAACGGCUGCAUCACUGUGACGUGUCCGUCUUACUCCUUUGCCACCAUGACUCCCCCGACAUUGAUUCGCUCAGCUUUCAAUACGCGUCGGGAGUUAUUCUUGAAAAUGCGUGCAUCCUGCCCAAUGGACAGCGAAGAGACUAUUUCAAAGCAAAACGACUUCGCGAGGUCAUGGUCCGGUGCGCCACCGAGCGUAGCCAGAAGCCCGGUUUUUUCAUCGGCUUCUCGGAGCUGUGGGAAACUCGGCCACACCCCUCGGUUAUUCGACGUGCAGUCAAGCUUGCUGAACAUUUUGGCGCUGUCGUCGAACAUGGCUUUGCGGACCCAAGUAUGAAACUGGAGAGACCGCCCAGGGAUGCCACGUAUACACUCAGCGCCUUUGAGUAUUUGCGGCGUGGAGAUGUGACAGAGAUCCAGAAAAGUUGGAGUUCCGAACUGAGGACUGUUCAUGUGUCUACUGGACUGAAAGAACUUGAUCAAGAGGGGAACGGCAAGGGGGCCGCCGCCGACGGCCUCCGUUGCUUAUCCCUGAGCAAAGUGGACGCUGCUUUGCCAUUCGCGUCGCUGCUAUUACAACACGAGCCUCUGCCGUCGUGGCUCACAGUAUUGCAAGAACAAGAGGUGGUCAUGGUACAGCCGCCAAACUAUCUCCAGCAGGCACCCAAACGGACAGACUUUUGGAAAUAUUCCGCUGAUGGCACUGAGCUGUCGACUGCUGGCUGUUUCUCCAUUCUGGCAGAGCCAUCCUCGGAAGAUUACUCUGCCGUUUUGCAAACGCAGUGCCAUCUCCGUGAGCUCAAGUUGCUGAGUGCUGUCAAGGGAGCCGAGAUCCAUCGAUGGGUAAAGUCCUUCCAGGCACUAUCAGAACAGAGAGAGUGCCGCGGGUUGAUCAAAGACCUCAUCACGGGCCUCAAGUCACAGAGCGUCCUUGUUUUCAGGGGACUGGACACGGGCUUCAAGAUUCCAGAUGGGAACUCUUACUUCUUUGGCGUUUCCAAAACCCGCGAUGAGAGAGAAUAUCUGGCUCUCGACAUCUACAUCUCGCAAUCGGCACCCAGCGACGCAAGUGCCGUGCUUCAUACCUGGCUUGCUCAUCACGGCGUGUCCCGCGCGACAUGUUUCGAGCUUGAAGCGCGUCUGGAGGACCUGAACGGGCCUCUCCCCGGGAACAAACUCCCACUCAGCAUUCGAAGCGCCGUCGAAUCAGGCACGCAUGCCGAGAUACUCCAGUUGCUGCAGCAGAUGCGUGUCGCGCAUCUAGAAGAUUCCUGGAAGUCGCCCAUAGAAUCCAUGUGCGAGGCGCGUCUCACCACGCAGACGUCAAAGUCGUCCUGGUUGCGCGCGCACGCCCGCCGCAUCUUGGAUGGCUCGAUAACCAUACAAGACAUGCUGCUCAGCCGGCUUGAAAGCUACGUCAUCGCAGGAGCAACCGAGUUGCCUUCCUUGGAGAACUUGGUGGCCCUCUACGAGACCAUGAGCACGAGUGUCCGCGACGCUCUCUUUUACGGAGACAAGGAGAAGCUCAACGCGCUAACUAAUGCCCUGAUUGAUGUAUUCGAAUUCGGCACCAUGGGCGAACUUGCCGAGAAAAUCGACGUAAACGCCGACAUGUUUGCUCUCAUGUUCUUCACCAUCAUGAGAAAGGAGGCUUUCGAAGAAGUGUAUAUUGAAUCAACAGAUCGCUGCCCUAUUUUUCUUUGCGCCGAUCAGGCCGCCGUCUUCUCAGAGCUCUGGGUUCUAGGGUCUCAGUGCGAAAUCUUCCUGGGUAUUUUACCUCGUGAUCUCGGUGAUAUCAUUUACGAUCGGUACCGCAGGUUCCUCGAAACCUGUCCUCCAGUUGCCGCCGACAGAAAUGGUAAUGAGAUUAUGACAAUGUAUUCCACGCUCGAGGCUAGCUCAUCCUCCAGCAACACAAAAUCAAAAGGGGAAAACGUCGACGCCGCAGGCCUGAGGCUGUCGACGCAUGAGAGGCUUCAACUAUGGAAGAAGCAUCUCGCUCAGGUCGGUGCCAUUACAAUCUUCAGUUUGCCAGCCAUUAUAGACGUCUUGCUUCUGACCUUUCUCGGUCGCGGCUUGUUCAUGACAGCGUUUAUGGACCCAGCGCACAUUGAAGCGGCCGCGUACGCUUUGCUCAUCUCUCUGUUGCUGACUGCCGGGGUGACCGGCUGGGUUGGAAGCACUGGUUCCUAUUACCUGAACCAUUACGCAUAUGACAACAUGACACAUUUCCACGUGCAGCGCUUAUCGGGAGGUUUCAUGCUCACUCUCUUGAUUGCGAUUGGCGGCUUUGUAGGCUUCACCAUCGCCCGCUCAGUUACUACUGGCCUUGUCUUCGUCGCGUUUGUCAUCAGCGUUACCACUUACCUCAAUCUGCUUGGUAUCAUGGCCACGAUGCACCAACAAGGCAGUCCAAUGACUUCGGGGCGUACAGUCUUGUGGAGGACAAUACCCGUCCUUCUCGUAUCACCAGUCGUGACAACCUUUGUUAAUGGGCACGAUCUUGCCAUCUACCUUCCCAUUACCUACAUCACUGUUCUUCUUCUUUUGUAUCAGUAUCGCCAAUUAUGCCACGAGUGGAACGGAUGGAUGAAAAACAUCCCCAAUGUCACGGAAAAGGACAUCCUGAAGUGGUACGAGUCUAAACUCGGCUCCAACAACGGCGGCGAGAAGGAGCAAACGGAUGGCCACAGCAAGAUGGCCCAAGAGGCCCUGCGUGAAGCAGUUACUUCCUACGUACGACGUACUCGAAACGACAACGCAACCCAACUGAAAAAUGAUGCGUUUGUUAAACGCGUCGCUGCCGGUAUGCCUUACAUAGACUGGCUCUUCAAGAAGACCAAUCCUGACGGCAACUUGCCCGAGACGUUCAGCAGCGCUUGGUAUACCCAGCUUGGCGAGUCCAAGAAGCAGCAGGAACAACUGUCUCGAGGACUGAAGGAGCAUAAUGUUCUGAUGCUCUUCCGUGAUGCCAAGUUUGACCUGGGACAAAACCUUGGCCUCUUUCUCGUCGCGCUGAUGGAUCGGUGGGUUAGCAUCAUCAUGAGCAACGGCGGGCACCCUGGACGGAGUAUUUAUACGGAUUCGCGCGCUCGAUAUGCAAUCUGCUUUUGUGUCCUCUACUUUUUGAUCGGAGUUGUUGUCUUGGACCUGACUCUGCAAAAGUACUGGACUCUUCGUUUUACACUGUCAAAGGACAAACUUGUCGACCACCGUCAUGCCCAAGAUGUUGCCAACCAGUGGGAGAGAGUCCGUCACCAAAAACUGGGCAAAGCGCUGGUGGAACUCCUCGCCAGGCUCCUCGUCCUGUUUGGUAUUACAACUCUUCUCAUGUGGAUCCUAGUCGACAACCCGGAAUCCAUGCUGCUUUAUUACCUCUACAUUCUUGGGUACACUGGCGUGAUACUGUUUCAGUUCAACAGAUGCUUCACAACUAGCGUACACGGCCACGUCUUCAUCAUCCUUGGCUGCGCAAUCAUAGGCUUGAUCGUAGGCUGUGUCUUGCAUGCCGUGUCCAUGACCUCCGGGUGGCUAUACUCUGAUGUCGUCGCUCAGAAUACUGCCGCUCUGCUGGCGGCGUCUGGAACACUCCUUUGGACUUGGAAAGACUGGUUCGCCCCUUCGCAGUCUACAUCUGAGCUCCGAUUCCCCAAGCACGAGGACGUGUUUUACGCCCAGCGCAAGCUCGAAGCGGACCCUGGCAUUGAAAGCGGCAUAUCGAUUCGGCGCUUUGUCAAAACACCUAGGCCAUCUUUUAAGCACGGCGAUGGUUCUUUUCUAAGCGAGAAGAUUGACGACAUCCUCGUAAGAAGCUUGAUGACACCAAACGCCACGUCCAAGGCUUGUUCAUGGGCGGGUGAGUUUAUCCAAACAGCCUUCCAAGCCUGGGAGGACGGCCAAGUCGAAAUCACCGUGGUUGAUCGCGAGAGCUUCAUCGAUGCGGGAUUGCAACAUCUCUUUUCCUUUAGCCAAAAGGAUGGCGACAUUCUCAAAAUUACCGCAGGCUUUUUCGGAGACUACGAGCUCCGAUUACCCGCAUGGCAAACUCAGCUGGCUCAAAUGAUUGCAGAGUCUCUGAUGUACCACACAGGCCGUGUCGAGGGUGAGCUGACACACUCUCAGGCAGUUCACGCGGAGCACUUUCUCCAUGGAACGACGCCCAUGUCUAAGCGCAUCCAAUUUGAAUUGGCAUUGGCGGAUGUAAAGAGUCUCCGGCGGACUAUUGACAAGACAAACUCGGAACUCUUGCGCCGUCUUUCCCUCGAUCUCAACGUCGAUCUCACUUGGAACACUCUCCCCCCUAGCGUGAGGGAGGCGAUAGUCUGCCGAAUUACCGGGCGGGCGGUCAAAUCAACCUAUGAGUUUGAGGACUGGCAGUUCAGUCAGGACGUGGACGUGGAAACCAUCGACUUUCAUCUUCAGCUCGGUAUUGAAAUCUUUCGCGCCUGCAAGCAACGAUGCAAAGUGGCGUCGGAUCUGAGCUCGCCGAUCGACUUCAAAGACUCCUUGCCGCCGCCGGAGCUGAGGCCGGUCAAAAUCCCUAGCGGCAUGUCGAGCGGCUUCGUCCGCGGCUUCUUUCGACGCGUUACUGCCGUUCCGGUCACAUUUGCCCGAUGGGUAGCGCUGAUAAGUGGCGGCGGAUCAAACAUUGAACGUGAACUCUAUUACAGCCUUCGGUGGCUCUACUUCAGGCGGCCCAUAAUUUGGAUCAUUCUUCGCCUUUGGAAGCUAUGCUGGGCCGCCAGGAACUUCUGGAUCUACUAUUUCUUGGUCUAUCAUCGUCCCUCAGCCGCCAGAAUCGUCCGCCUUACUCAGAAAGGUGCACUGCGCAUCAUCAAAAAGAACUCCAUUGUGGUAGAGUUGUCUCGAAAAACCGUCACUGGCUUUGAGAAAGAUGGCAAAGAUGGCAACUUGAUGUUGGAAGUCUUCGAAGGACGCCUACGCGAAGCCCCAGAAGACAAGCCUCCUUUGUUCACGGCCACCUACGACGACAAGCUGCGCCUGGUGAGCAGAACUGACCGAGACGGGACUACUUCUACAUAUAACUACGACUCCACCAAGAGGCGCUCGUGGCCUAUAUCUCGAGCAGUUUUCAGUGCCAACAGUCGGGCGCUGGGUUUCUACGACAAGCAAGGCCGUUUGGAGAGUGGCACCAUGAUGCUCAACUCCGAGUCACUGGUGUUUUCCUACCACUACAAGAAAACGCCAGAGAACAGCAGUGACAUCCUUCGCGCCGACUUUCAACCCUUGGAUAGAUCGUCCAGCAACAAGUUGUCUGUGUUUUGGGGCAAGCCUUCGAGUGAAGGGGACCAAGACUACAAUUGGGCACCGUCUGAGAAGAUCCAUCGAAUUGUCAGAGUCAUUGGCGACAAGACUUACAUGACGGAGAUUGAGUACCAUCAUCGCCGUGAUCCCAAGACACUGACAUACCUGGUGGAGAACGGUGUGUAUAAAACCAUCGUCGCCGUCGUGCCAAAGGCCUUCCCCGACGAAGACGUGCUUCUCUGCCGGCCGCGAAACCUCUUGUUUGACGUCGACGACUUGCUCAUUCAUCACAGUGCUGGCCAGAUAAACAUUAUGAGGCAAUUCGCGACCAAGAAAUUGUCAAUGACGGCCCGUAUGGGCUCGCUGGCGUGGUGGACCAGGCGCGUGUAUCUCCCGGUGGCAACUUGGCGAUCCCGCACCGAACUAUGGAGUGUCUGGUUGAAGGGGGACCUGGAUGCUGUCACCGCUUGCUGGAUGGAUGAGAUGAUUCUUCGCGAGGAGCCCAUCUUGCGCAAGUACUGGCGUGCCAGAGACGGUGGGAAUCUUGAUGCGGCUCGGGCAGCCCUGGAGGACAUUGACCAGAUCGUGGCCGCCAUCGAACUCGAGACUGACGUGUCAGAAGUUUGUCUGCUUCCCAUCAGGUCUGCCGACCUGUAUACCAUGGGACUUGGAAAGGACGCCAACCAGGUCACCAACAGGCCCCAGGACUGCUACAGCGACACAAAAGAUCGGGUUUCUGUCAUUGUGAACGACAUUGGCUGCUGGCCAGAAGCACCGGGCGGCGUCUCCAACUGCAGGCGGGAUUUGGUAAACGGCCACGGGACAAUCAGAAACCACGUCAUGGCCGAGUGUGCAAACGAAUACGGCAUACCGCGAUUUCAAAUCGAGAAGAAUGUGCAGUCUCUCAAGUUGCUGCCGCUCUGGGGUCUCGACGGCAAGACUGCGAACCAUGGCCUGAUUGACAAUAUCCUGCAGUCCGAAGUCGAUGACAACAUCCGCGACACAGACAUACAGCGAGACAUCACCCGGGUAUUCGUUCCCCUGCUCAAGGCCUUUGUCAAGGGCGCGCGUACCAGAGACUACACUCGUGCGACUCUGGCCACCUGUACCAAUGUCAUGCUGUCCAUGUCCAAGUACUUCGAAAGCAAAGACUACAACACAACUUGGUCGUCAAAGCAGGUCGAAGAAGCCUGGGUUGAGGCCUGGCUCGUGUCAUAUGACGAUCCCAACAUCCAGGAUCCGGCCGAGUGCUUUGACAUUGCGCGCCCGACAUUGUUCGACUUUCGCGAGGCGCUAGGCAUCUACAUUGCCUACUUCUUCAUCUUCUCCGUCAGGAUUCCCGAGGAAUGCCCACGUGUCUUUCAGAGCACUCAUCACGGCAUAAGCAGCCUGCUCGGAAUCAUCCUCAAAUACCGCCGGGGAGUCACCUUUGGCAUCUGGGACCACGCAAUUCUUUGGCGCGAGUCUUGCCUCAACAUCAGCCCGGCGCAAUGCGAGCUGCCACUAUCGGUGCAGUCCAUGCUCCUACACGGCAUCCGGCUAGCCAGCCGUUUGUCCUACUUUCACGCCGAUGUCAUUACACCGUGUACUUCGCUGUUCAAUCCCAUGUGGGAAACAGAGAUUGGCAGUGAUAGGGGCAACAUCUGCAACAGAAACCUGUUUAGUCGCAAGAUUGACCCCAUUGUCAACGGCAUCAGCAACAUGGACUCUUUUGAGCCCAUUGACAAGGUGCGAACGAGCAAACCUACCGCUGUGAUGCUGUCCAACGUCCAGUUCAUCAAGGGCAUCAAGACGGCCAUCCUGGCCGCGGAUAUCAUCGUCAAUCGCUACGGCUUCAAAGACUACCGACUUAUGGUAUACGGAGCAAAGGACCGCCAACCAUCCUACGCUCUUGAGAUGGCCAAGCUCAUUGUCAAAAACAACCUUUCAGAAAAUGUCAUCCUCGCGGGCUUCGGUAAACCAAAGGAGGUCCUCAAGGACGCGUGGAUCUUCAUGAACUCGUCCAUCUCCGAAGGCCUGCCGUUGGCCAUUGGCGAGGCUGCUCUCGCGGGUGUGCCCAUCGUCGCGACAGAAGUCGGUGCGACAGCCCUGGUCAUGACAGAUCCUAACGACGCAGAACAGCGAUAUGGCGAGGUCGUGGCACCAAAUGAUCCAGUCGCCCUAGCAAGGGCGCAGCUCAACAUCCUCUGCAUGGUCGGCCCAUGGACAAAAUUCGUAGAGGACAAAAGCGAGCCACCACAGACUCUACCGGAAGAAAUCACCCCGGAUGACGUUGAACGGCUCUAUCAACGCAUGUAUGCCAAGACGGAUGACCGCCGCAAGCUCGGCCUCCUGUCUCGAGAGGUUGUUCUUCAAAGCUUCCACGGCGAUCGGUACCUUCGAGAACACGAACAAAUGUACUGGAUCCAAUGGCAUACUGCUCGAAUGCGAGCCGACAUGGCCAAGAGCAAGGAGAGGAGAAAAUACACUGAAUUUUCGUCACCGCUCCCAAUGAGGUAUAUAGAUGAGGGGGUAGUCGGGUUUGAAAAUUCGGCAGUGCUGGAGGAUGCUGAAUUGCUUGAAAAAAGUGUCAAGAGAGAAGAGAAUAUUAUUACGGAGAAGAUGGCUCCAACUCCGAGCGACCUUGAAAGCGGGAGGGUGUCACAGACGUCUACACUACAGGUUGUACAUACGGGCGAGUUGUACUUUGCCGGCCAAACGGCAGCAAGUGGAUUUACUAAUUGGGCGCCGGGAUAA